AUGCCCGAGUCUUCACGACCACUAACAUAUCCAGUUCUAAGAAAUUUAAUUAGUCAUUUGAAAUUUCCGAAAAGAAAAGAAGUAGCUCGACGAGUUUCAUCGAUCCGUUCAGUGGAAAAAAGCAUUCCGUAUAAUCUGAAAUCAGUUCAAAUAACUGAAGAUUAUGCAGCGAAUUGUUUCAUUUUAUGGAUUGAUGGAAUGGUGAUUCGAUUCGAUCGAACAGAAAGACAAAAUGGAUUAGUAAGGAUUGUAACUGUGCAGAAAUCAACGAUUGACUUGCCAGAAACAGCUAUCAAUCGAUGUUUGGAUUACUAUUUGAAUAGACCGGAUCUUCAUAUCAAACAAUUUACAAUCAAUAGAGCAGCAUGGCCAUUGAAACAAUUCUUUCCAAGUGGCAUUUCAUCUAUGAAAAUCAUAGUUGGACGUGGAACCGAAAGAUCAUUGAAACAGUUCAAAGAUGUGAGAUUCAAACGAGUUAUUGUGGAUAACUCGUUCAACGAUUCAUCCAUUUUUGCUCUCCCAAUGGUUCAUAAUACUGCUAACUUGUCGAUAAGAUCAGUGGAAAUGCAGAAUGAUGAAUUGCUGAACAUGCCACUGAAUUCAUUCGCAACAGUUCAUUCGAACUUCAUCUUGAAUGCUACGUUCACCGACUUCUGCCUGAAACUUUUGAAGCUUGAAAAUCCAGAAAUUGGGACCUCAUUCACUGGGCAUUCCUUUGUGAAGAACUUCAAUCUGAAACGAUUGUUAACGGUGUUCCAAGGACGAUCGGAUACAAAGAAAUCCAUGUGGAAUGGAAGAAAAAGUACGACAAUCGACAUGGGAGAUGACAAGGAACUCGUCAUCACUUACAACUUAACUGGAACAGUUUUCGAACCGAAACACCACGUCACUGCGACGAUUCUGAAGAAGGGAUCUUCGGUCGAUCGGAUUCCAGGAAUCGUUCAAAAUCUUGUUAACGUCUUCAAUGGAAUCAGAUUGACCUGA